AUGGAUUUGAUGGAUGGAUUCUAUCAGAUCCUCAUGUGUGAACGGGAUAUCCCGUACACAGCAGUGAUCACCCCCAGUGGUAUGCUCUGGGAGUGGCUAGUGAUGCCACAGGGGCUAAGUGACUCCCCCGCAACGUUUAACAAAUGUGUUACAAAUCUGUUGCGAUCUGUGCGCGACUUCGCACCAAGUUACUUCGACGAUGUCUUCGUUCAUAUCCGGGCUAUGGAUGGAAAGGCGGGCGUGGAGGCUCAUGCAAUCCACUUCCGGAAGGCUAUUACACUUAUGCGUGAGCAUAAGUUGUUCGCGAACCUCAAGAAGUGUAUAUUCGCAGCGAACGAAAUACCGCUUCUUGGCUGCAUCGUGGGUAAACACGGCGUACGCCCUGAUCCAGAAAAGAUCAAGUCGAUUAGCGACUGGCCUGUGCCAGCCAACGUCAAGGGACUUCGAAAGUUCCUUGGCUUGGCGGCGUGCUUGCACAAAUACUCGCGCAACUAUGCCGAGAUGACCGUACAUCUCUCUCGUCUGCUAAAGAAAAACGAGAGGUGGUCAUGGAGUGCUGAGUUUCAGCACUCUUUUGAAGGCAUCAAGAAAAGCUUGGUGCCAUCGCCUGUGUUGGCGAUUGCAGACCAGGUCAGACAAUUCCGUGUGGUCUGUGACGCCAGCAAUUUUGCAAUCGGCUGCGCGUUAAUGCAGUACGACUGA